ACAAUUAUUCCCCCUCUUUCUUUUUUGUUUACUUAAUAAUAUGAAACGAGAAAUGUGAAGCAUCAUUCCAGACUAGGUAGUCCAAAGAGAUCUGUUGAUCAAACGGAGGAGUGAUUGUCAAGUCACGUGAUUAAAUACCACUCACAGGCACAACUCAUAGCAUCAUUCGCAACAGACUAAAUUGUGCUGAGUAAUUUCACGAAUAACAAGAAAUAAAGCUUAAACGUUGAAGUCGACCGUUAAGCAUCCGCUGUUACAGCAAUGGCGGGAAUAUUUGAAAUAUUGACGGGAGCAGCUGUUAUCGUUAUUCUUUUUUAUUAUUAUCUGACCUCGACAUUUAACUUCUGGAAAAAUCGUGGAGUGAAAGGGCCGGAACCAAUUCCUCUAUUUGGAAAUAUCAAAGAUUUACUACUUCAACGGAAAACUUUGCCAGAUUUUUUGAAUGAACUCUGCAGUAAAUAUAGAAACGAACCGUACAUAGGUGUUUUCUUCCGAACUUCACCGAUACUUAUCUUAACUGAUCCACAAUUGUUAAAGGAUGUCUUGAUAAAGGACUUUUCCACUUUCCCUCAACGUGGUACUGCUGUUACAGAAAAAGUAGAACCACUUUCCCAACAUCUUGUAUUUCUCGAUGCAGACAAAUGGAGACCAUUAAGGAACAAACUUUCACCUGCGUUUACUUCCGGAAAAUUAAAAGAAAUGUUCCCUUUGAUAAUAGAAUGUUCACAACAUUUGGAACAAUAUUUGGACAAGAUACUUGAUAAGGAUUUCGUUGAAAUUCGUGAAUUGACAGCUAAAUUCACUACUGAUGUGAUCGGUAAUUGUGCAUUUGGUAUCGAAAUGAACGCACUCACAGACGAGGAUAGCGAAUUUCGUCAAAUGGGUAGAGAAAUAUUUAAGAUGAAUUUAAUAAACAUUUUAAAGUUUCGUCUACGAGAAAGUUUUCCAAAAUUAUACAACGAGCUCGGAUUUUUGUUUCACAAUACUUAUCAAACUUCUUUCUUCGUUAAUAUUGUCAAACAAACGAUGGAACACAGAAUUAAAAAUAACAUCGUUAGACACGAUUUUAUAAACAUAAUGAAGGAAUUGAAAGAAAAUCCAGAUAAGCUUGGAGAUGAUAUCGAAUUGACGGAUACGUUGUGUGCCGCUCAAGCGUUCGUAUUUUUUGCUGCCGGUUUUGAAACAUCUUCCACAACAAUGACUAAUACACUUUACGAGCUAGCACUAAAUCAUGAAAUACAAAACAAACUUCGUAAAGAAAUUCGCGAAGAAUUUGACAAAAAUAAUGGAACUAUGAAGUAUGAAUCGAUCAAAAAGAUGGGCUACUUACAUGCAGUGUUUCAAGAAACGUUAAGGAAAUAUCCACCAGGAAUGAUCUUGUUCAGACAAUGUCAAGCAUCAUCUUACACAUUCAAAGGAACUACGCUUACUAUACCCAAAAAUCAAAAAAUUUUAAUACCCGUUGUUGCGAUCCACCGCAAUCCAGAAAUUUAUCCGAAUCCAGAUGUUUUCGAUCCCGAACGAUUUUUGACACAAGAUAAUGUAAUCAACGAAACAACAUAUUUACCUUUUGGUAGAGGACCACGGAACUGUAUUGGAGAAAGAUUUGCUGUUGUUCAAACAAAAAUGGGAUUGAUAACGAUUUUACGUAAUUACAAGGUCGAUGUCUGCGAAAAAACCGAAAUUCCAUAUGUGGUCAGUUCCUCAGCAUUUUUAUUUCAACCUAAAAACGGAAUUUAUUUAAAAAUCACUAAAAUUAUAAAUUAAUAAAAUUACGUUGU